AUGACCGCAGUGGUACAGCCACAGCCCACUGCGCGCACUGCGAGAGCCAGACUCAAUACUUCGACUCAACUUCCCAUCGCCGACCUUUCCCCAUCCCAGUUAGGUUUCGAUGCGCACAUUCUAGCCCAGGUCGCUCUUGUCUGGCCCUACUCAAGCUCGACAGGAACACUCUCCUUGUUGUUAGCCGACCCCGACAUUCGCCGGCGGAAAUCCAAGGGCCAGGUCAAGGCCGUAUUCCGCAAUGGGUGUGCAAAGCAGGUUGCAAAAUCAAAAGUAGGCAUUGGGGAUACUGUCAGACUUGCAUUGGCUGGUUGUGAGUGGAAAGAGACUGGGGAUGUGGUUUCUACACCGGGCAAGAAAAUAAAUUGGGAUCUGGAAUACAACACCUGUGUCCUGCUGGAGAUUCUGCGAGGUGAUGAAGAAACGGCCACAGUUGAUUUCACUGGGAAAGAGACCAAUGGUUCAAUUCCAAACGGACUUCCUGCCUAUCUCAAUAAAGAAGACGUCGACCAGCCUGAGGUAACAGGUGCAACUCAUCAAUCCAGCACGAUCCUUGUUCCGUACUUGACACCCAGAAAGUCAGUCGGAAAUCAUGUUGGGGGCACCUUUAUCGAUGCUGCCCUGGAGUCUCUGGUGGAGGACGACGGCCAUGUUCCUGGUCGCGGUCGAAAGCGUACCAAAUUUGCCAGAAGCAGUGGAGCAUGGAGUCUCGUUGAUUUGGAGGCCGACAGCGAUCUGCAAGAGGUUAGGAAAGCUGAUGUGGAUGGUGAAGAUGCUUCGCAAGGCCAGACUUCUCAAGCCGAGGGUGUCGUCCUGGCACCCGAUCCAGCCUCCGUGGAUACCCUUGAUGAACGGAAUCAACCUGUACACCAGACGGGUACCGAGAUCUCGAAAGAGGUUGUGCUCCAAUCCUCCCUGAAUCAAUCAACCGAAGAAGACGUAGUCGAAGUCUCGAUUCCUGUGCCGCCUCCUGAAUCAAUACCUCCUCCUAUUUUGACCCAACCACAGGUAAUGGGCCCGCCCCAGACGCCAGUCAGAGCUCCUCCGCGUCUACAACCAACGAUAAAUAGCAUAGAUGACUUCGACACCAGCGACGGCUCAGAGCCUGCGACCACUCCGCGACUGCUGCCCAUACCGUCACCGGGACUUCCUCUGGUGUCUCCAUUAGUCCAUCGCUCAGGAGUUGAAAUCGGAUAUUUUCCACCAUUAGACAUAAGCAUAUCACAAUUGGAUGCGUCAACUGAAAGGCGGACGGAGGCCGCUAUCUCAAAAACAGACACCGCAGACUUGACAGAUCGCUCGUUAAUGCAUUCUGAAGAGUCGCCCGUUUUUGUAGGAGGGAUAUCAACAUCAGAGGAGGCAGCCGUGGGCUUCGAGUCUACAGGCGACGUGCAUGGAGACACUGUGCUGGUAUCUCGCGAAUCUCAAGUAGCAUUCGUGGAUCAGGAAAGCGCAGAGAAAACUGCAUACGAGGCACCUCAAUGGCUUUCGUCUUUGGAGUCUAGCAUUGAUCGAGAGCUCCUUCUUUCGCAAGAUCAGCCAACUGCUCACAAUAUAUCCCAGCACACUUCUCAAGCCGUUGAGGUUGAGGACGAUGAUCUCUAUGGCGCUCCGGUUGAUGUACCAAAUGCCGACCCUUCAUUUGCGACUUCGCCUUCAGUUGAACGCCCAAGGAGCCCACUGGACGUCCUCGAACAGUUCCUGCAAAUAUCUCCCACUACGGCUGCUGGCUUUUCAAUCCCCACCGAAUCGGAUGGUUGGAAAAACGCACCAAAUAUACCUCUACAGCACGAUGUGCCCGAGGACAUGGCCGUGGGAACUCCGCAAGAAAGGACUACGGUGUCCACAAGCUCGAACCGAUCCCCUGGCACAUAUCCUGAACCACAGUCGCCAUUUAGACAGAACCGGCAACAUCAAGCGAGUACUGUCAGUUCCACACGCUCUUCUUUGAGCCAAACCUCACGAUCGCAAUCAUUUGAUGGGCAAACAGACGAGCGGGAGACCUUCAGGGAAUAUAUCAAUCAUCUUGCUCAGCUUUCUGCCAAUUCAGAACCCUCGAAGCAGCUUGUGCCCGGUGUUGAGCCUUCUCACAAUGACAUUCAGAGCGAGACGCAAGUAAAAACUGAUGUAUCCUUGACGACAGUCAAAGUUGACGCGAAUGCUCAGGUCGAAGUUCCCGAAGAUGUCUUGGAAGAGGUAAACCAGGCGACAGGUCAAUCAGCAGCGACAGAUGAAGUCAAAGACGAACUCCAACAUCUUCCCAUUGCUACAUCAGAUGAGGUGGGUUCUGGGUUAACUCAAAUGGAACACGUCCAUCCGCCCGAAGCUCAUGCACAGCUACCAACACCGGACCAGUCCCAAGUACAGCGUCCAUCGACUGAGCCUGAAACGUCGAAACCAGUCCAGGAGCUGACCGAAGUUGGAAUUCUCUCACCCCGCUAUACACAAGAAGAGAUUGAUAGAAAUUCGCAAGAGCCUGCACUUCCUGUGAGUCAGGAAAUGACUCAAGUCACAUAUGAAGAUUCAGAGACAGUGGAGGUCGUACGGGGCAAAGCAAGACUGAGUGGGCAAGCGGAAAGAGCUGAUACUGGGACCAAAAGUCAAUCGCUAAGAAUUCGGAAAGAAUCACCUGCCAACGAAGGACCCCCAGCGUCACCCAGCAGGGUAAGCACGAGUCCUACGACUGCCAGGCCUAUCUCCGCGUUGCAGUCUGAUACUGUCACACCUCGUCGAAGCUCUCGGCGACUAUCGGCAAAACAGUCUGCCAUGUCAGCGAACCUAUCUAGUCCAUAUUUUCCACCUCACAAGUCCAUCGGACGACUUUCGUCAUCACCACCCCGAAAGGAGAAUUUGAAUCCUGGGGGAGACGACAGCACACUUCGGCCGCUGCCCACGCGCAAACAAGCCGAAGAACCUCUUCUAUCGACUGCGCUGCAAGAGGCUGACCAGGCGCACAUUAAUAUCACAUCUGUUUCCCCAGAUUCCAGGGCGAACGGGUCGGUUUUCAGCGAAAACAGUAGCACCACAACGCCUCUUGCAUACUUCCCUCGCUUGCGAUCGUUGCAUGAGCAGUUCGGUCAACUUGUCGACGUCAUUGCCGUGUGUACAAAUGCUUCGCUGGACCCAGAACAGUCGAAAACAGGACGGAAGGAUUAUCACACUACAUUACAGCUCACGGAUCCUUCGAUUGCCUCAGAGACUCGUUCGGCCGUAUCUGCUCAAGUAUUUCGACCUGUUCGGAAAGCACUUCCCUCAACCCAUCGCGGCGAUGUAGUCAUUCUUCGGAACUUCAAGGUUCAGACCUUUCGCAGACAGUUCACCUUGCUGAGCACUGACACGUCUUCGUGGGCAGUCUUUGAAGCCAGAGCUGGCACAACCAUGACAUGGUCAGGGGUGGUUAUUUCUGGCCCUCCUCUGGAGUAUGGAGACACGGAAACAGAGAGAGUCAAGCUUUUGUUCAGCUGGUGGAGCAAGAGCGGAAAAGAAAUAUUCAAUGUUGAGCCUACACCACAAGCAGAGCUUCCCGAAGUCGAGAACGGUUCUCCCAAGCUUCUUCGCAGUUCUCCCAGACUCAAAGAAACACCACAGCCCAGCCGUACAGUCGCACCUUCGAGCCGCCGUCUAAAAGCCGGUACAAACGAUAACUUUGGCAAUGGAGGCGAGAACCUCGAAACUUUGACAAGCCCGACUGCGGGGCCUGCAGCGAGCAAGAAUAACGAAACUGCCAAGAGCAGAGACAGGGACGAGGCCUCCCCACAACUAGUCAAUACGACUGAAGGCGUACACCAUGACAGUGAAACAACCGUCUAUGUACAGGCCUCGAAACGUCGACAGGCCAACGAGACUGACAACUUUGGCAACGAAGGCGACGAAGACGUGGCCAUGGGUGGUGAUGACUGGGAACAGAGCGUCCCUUUUGCCGAUAAGUCCAACCGACGCAGAGGGUCGACUAUUUCCACAGCUCCUUCUGAAUCCGGAACAUCCUUCACUCCGCGACGAAGUGCGAGACUCAAGAAGUCUCCCAGCCUUGUGCAUGAGUUGCGGGACGGGACCAGAUAUGUAGAUGAUGGCCGAAGGAGAAGUGGCAGUGUUGUGCAUGAGCUGAGGGACGGGGUGACUUAUGUGGAUGAUUAG